ACUUAUAAAAAAGUAGGCAAUAAAUCUCAUUUCUAUCAUUGGAAAUGGAGUUAAAAUGCAAUUCAUCAGCUCUCUUGAGCUUACAUUAUUAAUGGGAAGAAAACUAAACAGCUACUCAGGAAAUAUUACAUACUCAUAUGGUAAUGGUGUAUUCAGCAUAUCGCCUAGCCGUCGUUUGCCAACACUUAAUUAAUAAAUUGCCGCCGAAACAAGACAACCGGAAGAAAAAUAAACAUAAAACAAUGCCUGAGCAAGUUGAAUCGAGUCCAAAACUGAAUGUAAGCAGUGAGAUUAACACUCCAACUUAUGAUUUAACCAAGUUCCAUCUCAAACGCAUACUCAACAACAAUAGCAAAUGCAAGAGUAUAACAUUACUUGGCACUUUUCCGGAUAUAUCAAAAACUGAUUCUGCAAUUGUUGUUUUCGAGAAAAAUGCUUAUCGUGAGAGCGACGUGGCAACUGAAGUGGUUGCAGACGACGAUGCUGAAACGAAGCCCAAGCCGAGUUACUUUAGCACGGAUCUUAAAGUUCGCACGGAUUUUAUAAACAAUAUUUACGGUAGCUUUCAGUGUGUGCCCACCCAGGAGCUGUGUACCGUCAAGAGUACAGUGAUUUAUCCGGCCACUGAAAAACAUAUUGAGAAAUAUUCGAUAUGCCAGAAGUAUAUAAUCAAUGAAACACCAGAUCUCUAUGAAUCCAUUACGCUGCCGUACAUUGAGUCAAGUCAGUUCUCUUUGGAGUGGGUGUACAAUAUACUAGAGCACAAACAGGAAACUGAGCGUAUUGUGUUCGAAGAUACUCAUCCAGAAAAUGGUUUUAUCCUUCUUCCUGAUCUCAAGUGGGAUGGACGCAAUUUGGAGACCUUAUAUUUACUGGGAAUAGUACGCAAGCGUGGUAUCAAAUCUUUGCGUGAUCUCAAUGCAAGUCACUUGCCUUUGCUUCACAAUGUACGAAGUUCGGCCAAACAGGCAAUACUUGAACGUUAUGGCUUGAAUCCCAACCAGCUGCGAAUGUACUUUCAUUAUCAACCGUCAUUCUACCAUCUGCAUGUACAUAUCAAUCCGAUUCGAAAUGAUGCCCCAGGUAUUUGGUGCGAGAAAUCACAUAUGCUGGACACUGUCAUUAACAAUUUGGAACUGCUGCCGGAUUACUAUCAGCGAGCCAGUCUGCCCUUUGUCUUGUAUGAGGGCAACAAUUUGUUAGAGUUGUACGACAAACAGUUGCAAGUGCGUAAAGUAGCAGCGCCAGAGUUAAGUGAAGCUGAAGCACCUGAAGCGUUCACAGAUGACGAACCGGAAGAGGGUCGCCAAUGCAAGCGCAUCAAGUUGAGCACUCCACAAAAGGAGCUUAAUGAGUCGGAGCUCAUUGAAACACCGUGUGCCUAAUAAUAUAGUCCCAUAUAUUAUCAAUCUGGUUUGAUAUAAUAGUAAGAAUAAACGUAUA